GUCAUACUCCCCAAAAUAAACUUUAUCCAAUUAUUCGUAAGAUAAACUUCCUGUCUUUCUUAGUUUCUUUCAAUUACCAAGCUACCUCAAAUAACCAAAUGACUGGCAAUACGCAAUAAUCAAGCGUCAGACAACACGCUUUUAGGGGUUCCACCAUUACUUUUCUAUAAGCCCCAAAAUCGUCUCGACUAUAACGACUCUAUUCGAGAAUUCACUAAAACCCCUAUUGUAAUUCAAACGCAGUUCGUGUUCUUCUGUUCUUUGAGAAAGAAAGGAUAUCUUUGAGCUUCAUUUGUGUGUGUGUUUGGUGGCCCAAUAAUGGCCGAUCAAGAAGAGGGAGAUUUGGUGAGUCAACUGGUUGACUUGGUCAGGGAUAUUUCAGGGUUACCCGAGUGCAGAAACGCUCUACGGAAGAUGUAUGGGAAUUUGAUGAGGAGGGUGAAGCUUUUGAGCCCUUUGUUUGAGGAACUCAAAGACAACGAACAAAAACUUGAUGAUGGCGAUCUUAAGGGGUUACAGAGUUUGAGAAUCGCUUUGAAUUUGGCUUUUGAACUCCUCAAAUCAGUCAAUGAUGGCAGCAAGAUUUUUCAGGCGCUUCAAAUUGACAAAACCACAGGCAAGUUUCAUGUAGUAACAACACAGAUUGAAGAGGCACUUAACCAAAUCGAUUACAAUAAACUAGAUUUAUCUGAAGAAGUUCACGAACAGAUUGAACUUGUGCACGUACAAUUUAAAAGAGCAAAAGCACGAAUGGAUUCACCCGAUUUACAGCUUCAAAGAGAUUUAACCAUGGCAAGUAAGGGAAACCACGAGCUAGAUCCUGAAACAAUCAAAAGACUAUCGGAAAAAUUACAUCUUACUACAAUUAACGAUUUAAAAAAGGAAUCACUUGCUAUUCAUGAUAUGGUCAUAUCAACGGGUGGCUACCCUGAAGAUUCGUUUGAAAUGAUGUCGUUUCUUCUCAAAAAUAUCAAAGAUUGUGUAAUGAAAGGAAACCCUGAAGUUGAUAUCUCAGAGGGAGAAAAGAGCAUCAUGAGGCAUCGAUCUCCUGUCAUUCCAGACGAUUUCCGGUGCCCGAUUUCUCUCGAACUGAUGAAAGACCCCGUGAUUGUGUCAACCGGACAGACUUAUGAGAGAUCGUCUAUUCAGAAAUGGCUAGAUGCAGGGCACAAAACAUGCCCAAAAACUCAACAAACAUUACUACACACAGCAUUAACACCAAACUAUGUGUUGAAAAGUCUAAUUGCUCUAUGGUGUGAUAGUAACGGAAUCGAGCUCCCAAAAUCAAACCAGAAACCGGGUCGACCCGGUUCGGAAUGUGAUCGGACCGUGAUUGGGUCGUUGCUCCAAAAGCUUGUAAUCGGGGAUUCAGACGAACAAAGAUCAGCAGCCGGUGAGCUCAGAUUAUUAGCCAAAAGAAACGCGGAUAACCGCGUUUGUAUUGCAGAGGCCGGUGCAAUUCCGCUGCUUGUGGAGCUCUUAUCAUCACCCGAUACGCGGACACAAGAACACGCAGUCACUGCCCUUUUGAAUCUAUCAAUCAAUGAAACAAACAAAGGGAUUAUUGUAAGUGUAGGGGCAAUUCCGGAAAUUGUCGAUGUUUUGAAAACCGGGAGUACGGAGGCGCGUGAGAACGCUGCCGCCACUCUCUUCAGCCUCUCGGUGGUGGACGAAAACAAGGUGGCGAUCGGAGCCGCCGGUGCGAUUCCGCCGUUGAUUGAGUUGCUUCAAGAAGGGACCCCACGAGGGAAGAAAGAUGCUGCGACUGCUAUUUUUAACCUCUGUAUUUACCAAGGGAAUAAAGUUCGGGCAGUUCGGGCAGGGAUUGUGACGCCGUUGAUGGGGUUGCUGAAGGAUGCGAGUAGUGGGAUGAUGGAUGAGGGUUUGGCUAUUUUGGCUAUAUUGGCGAGUCAUCAGGAAGGGAAGAUGGCGAUUGCUGAGGCUGAGCCGAUGGGGGUUUUGGUGGAUGUGAUACGGACCGGGUCGGCCCGGAAUAGGGAAAAUGGGUCGGCGGUUUUGUGGUCUUUGUGUGCAGGUGAUGUUAGGUCUUUGAAGAUGAUGAAGGAGCUUGGAGCUGAAGAGGUUUUGAAGGAGUUGUCUGAGAAUGGGACUGAAAGAGCUAAGAGGAAGGCUGGAAGUGUGUUGGAACUUCUGCAACGAAUUGAAUCGGUUGAAACUAGUACUGUAAUUGGAUCCUGA